AUGUACCUACCACCCCGCGCUUGGCCUAUUGGCUUUACAGCCGCUAAUUCUAAUCCCAAAACCGCCGAAGCGGAGUGGGAAGCUUGCUGGCGCGCCUUCGCCCGCCUACAGGUCCGCGCCCUGGUUGUCGAGAUUCUAGAUGACGGAAUACGAGUGCCAGAAGAGGCGCUAUUACAGCCGCUUAGGAAUAUAAAGGCGGGAGAGCUUGAGGUCGUACUGCCGUGGCCAAAGGGGUUGGAAACAAGUGGCGAGUUUGGGGACGCGGGGUUUGCAGUCAGGAGACCUCCGGAGGGCACGAAUGUGAUGGUACAUUGGGAUGUUGACAAGGGGAAUCCGGGAGUGGGGAAAGGGAGGGGGGUUUGGGAGCGGCUGAGGAGGCGGUGA